AUUAACUAUUAUGGAGGUUGGAAGCAAAAUAAAAUUUGAAGAGGAAACAGGUAAGAGAGAUUAUUGAGAGUUGUGCAUAAUAUUAAAAGGGUUGUUCCCUUUAACUCUCACUCACUGCCAGUGCAUAUGCCAGCCAGUUCAGAAAUAUAUAUUUUUCUUUCCAAACUCCAUUAAAACACUUUCUGCCACCAUCUUCCUUUCACACACCUUCUUCUCACUCAGAUCUCUCCUUCACACACCAAAUACCUACCUGCCUUCACUUUUUCAACUUUUCCAUGUAAGAAUCACUCAGCGUUCACAUUGUGUUCUCAAAGUUCAUUCAUCAAGAUUGUUUCAUCAGAAGAGUUGAUCGCCAACAACAAUGCAAGACGCAAUUGGGAUUCCAGCUUGCUUCUCUUCUGCUUUGAAAUCAAGCGAUGAUCACACAACCGUGACGCGUUCAGGCCAGAGCGUGCACAUGUCCGUGUACAGAACAAAGAUUGCUGACCACUGCCGCUUGAUCACCAUCACAUGGUGCAAAAACCUGAUGCUCCACGGCCUCUCAGUCUCGGUGGAAGGACCAGAGGGGGAGGCACAGUACAGCUGCAAGGUGGAGCUCAAACCAUGGUACUUUUGGAGAAAACAAGGUUCCAAGCGCUUCCUCGUACACGGUAACAAAGCCGUUGACGUUUUCUGGGACCUUAAGGCUGCGAAAUUCAACGGCGAGACGGAGCCAAGCUCGGAGUACUACGUUGCGGUGGUGUGCGAGCAAGAGGUGGUGCUCCUGGUGGGUGAUUUGAGGAAAGAAGCGUACAGAAGAACCGGGUGCAGACCGGCACUGAUCGACCCGAUUCUGGUUUCGAAAAAAGAGCACAUAUUUGGGAAGAGAAAGUUCUCAACAAGAGCGAAGUUUGAGGAGAAGGGUAGGUGGCAUGAGAUCUCAAUCGAGUGCAAGAACAAAAGCAACAUUGGAGGGGAAUCGGCGUCAAGUGGGGUUCAAGUUCAGCCGGAGAUGGAGAUAAGAUUGGACGGGCACGUGAUGAUCCACGUGAAGCACUUGCAGUGGAAGUUCAGAGGGAACGAAUCGAUUCAUCUGAAGAAGAUGAGAGUGGAAGUGUAUUGGGAUGUGCACGAUUGGCUCUUUAGUCCUGGUUUGAAACACGCUUUGUUCAUUUUUAAGCCUGUUUUAUCGUCCAUGUCGACCAUGUCUGUGUCAUCAUCUUCGCCACCGUUAUCGUUGUCGUCAACAUCCACACCAUUAUCGACUCAAACGGGGAGCUCUGGAUCCUUGGAGGGGUUCAGUGUGAACGAAUCAUCAGAGUUUUGUUUGUUUCUAUAUGCUUGGAAGGUUGAGUAGUGAAAAAAUGGCGAGUAUAUGGAAAUGUUGAUGAAAAAAUGGUGAGAGUUGAAACUUGAAAGAGAGAGAGAGAGAAGAGGGUGGUGGGGCCAGAGAGAGAGAGAGGUUUUGGGAAGUUAGUUACAGCUGGGGAUGAAGAAUUGUGCAUAAUGGACAAAAGGGAUUGAAUCAGAGACACAUGCCCAAUAAUUCUGCAUGCGUCCACGUCUAUCUACAUCUGUCAUCUACUGCUUUGGAAUUUCUCUCUCUUCAUCUCAUCUUGAGAACAGAGCUAUGUAUAUGAAAUAUGAAAUUUGCAUUAUGUUUUUUUUUUUAAUUAUUAAAUUGUAAAGGUUAUAUAUAACAUAAAUAUAGAGAAUAGAUUAUUGAA